GCCUCAGCAUCCACACUAGAUGCUAUCUCCAGGCAUUUCCAAGACUUCAGUCAUAAUACAACUGACGAGGCUGAAUACAAGAUCGUCGAGGAGGCAACCUUCAGGCAACCUCUGACGAAGGCACAUCUCAGCCUUGCAAGUCUGGACGGCCUAGAGACCGUAAGCCUACCACGCCAAGUCAUACUUACAAUCACUCUUCCAGGGAAGACAAUACAGAGCUUAUAAUUAAACAGCCUGAAACUCGUCUCAUUAGCCAAGAACAGCUUGUGGCGGAAGUCAAGGGUAUAUACGCUGGGCUUGUUAUGGUAGAGAGCAAAUGCGUCGAGGUUAACAACGCUCAGUCGUCGAGUAAGGAUACAAGCCUAAUAUUAGACAACGAGCAGUGGCAGGCGCUGAUUGCUCUGCAUCGCACUUUGUUACAUGAACACCAAGAUUUUUUCUUGGCAUCGCAGCAUCCUUCUGCUAGCCCAGCUUUACGCCGGUUAGCAAGCAAAUACGCUAUGCCAGCGAUUGACAAUGACCAAUCGUCGACUAAGCAUACAGGCCCAACGAUCAAGGACAAGCGCCCUUCUAAUUGGGGUCGGAGAAGUAUCAUGACGCCCCGGGAUUUCUCUGGAAAGCGGCAUCAUUGGGUUGAGGGAGCGAUUGGGGGAGUCAAGAUCCAAGCCUUGCCAGAUACCGGGGCUGAAUACAAUUCCAUAUCGUCCGGCUUGGCAGACCGGAUGGGACUCGAACCCCGACCCGGCACCGCGACACAGGUUAAACUUCCGUCUGGACGCCUCAUUAAGUCACCAGGUAGCAUUCAAGCCCUAUUCGAGUUUGCGGGGGAGCGGCGGAGUACCCUCAUCGAUUGCCUCAUCAUCCCAGGAUGCGUACACGAUCUCAUACUGUCAAAUGCUUUCCUGCGCGCUACCAGGACGCUGACUAAGUUCAUUCACCGCAUCAAGUCCACGGUCUGCGAAAGCCUGGGGCGCCUACGGCUUAACCUCCUAGGGAGCGAAGGACGUCGCCUGCAGUGCUUCAUCAACGACGCCCCUACUUUGGCCCUCCCUGACACGGGGUCUAAUGCCAUGCUGAUCUCUGAAAGCUUUGCGGUUUCCCAGGGAAUGCGUAUUGACAGGAGCCCGAGCUAUUGCGAGGACCUCGAGUUUGCCGACGGGUCUCGAGGUACGACGUCGGGGAUUGUGCGUGGGUUGAAGUGGACUAUCGGGGGCACGCAAAGCAGCAUCGUCUGUGACUUUUACGUGCUCAGUGGCCUUCCCGUCGACGUCGUGCUCAGCGGCCAUUUCCUGUUCGAGCUCCAAGUCUUCUCGAGGUACGAACAUUGCAUGGUCCAGCACGAUUCUGCCGGAGAUGUCGCAAACCUAUACAAUAUCAACCUCAUUCGGAAACUGUUCCAACAACGUAUAGAGAAAGAGCAUCAAGUCAGCGAGGGCACUGAGAUCACCGAAGACUUCUUUAAGAAGCGAGAAGAGGACGAGCUUCAAUUUCGAGACGAGAUGAGAGGUCACCUGGACUCUGUGCCCGACCAGGACGAACUGCUCACUGCCAGGAGGUUAGAAAACCGUAGACGCAACGAUUGGGAGGAACUCCAGGAGCAGCUCAGACAACAGCUGAGAGUGCAGACUCCAAGCGACGAGGCAUCCAACAAGGGUCCGUCUCGAGUCGUGACACGGCAGAAGAAGGCAAAUAGGUUCUCAUUUUUCCGCAAAAAGAGAGAAUCCGUUAAUACAGAUAUUGUCUGAACAUUCGGCGUUGGGCAAGCUGCUGGGACACCGCGCGGGGAUAGAUUAGCACGAUGGUAAGCACACCAAGAGGGGUCUGGGACCCAGGGUGAUAGACUUUUCCUCUCAUACACGGCGGCUUUCUUGAUUCCAAGGACUGGCUC